AUGGUGCAAUAUGCUGAUUCUAAUGAAGGAGACUAUGGUGGAAAAUUGAUGGCAGUUGUGGGGAGGGGUGAAAAUAAUAAGAUAUAUCCUAUUGCUUAUGUUGUUGGGGAGGCUGAGACAAAAGACUCUUGGGAGUGGUUCGUCAACAUUCUAAUUGAGGAUCUAGAAAGCAUAAACCAUAUGUCAUAUGCUUUCAUUUCAGACCAACAUAAGAGCCUAGUACCAGUAGUGCAGAGUGUGAGUGCACACGUGGAGCAACACCUUUGUGUGAAACAUCUAUAUGGGAAUUGGAAGAAGAAAUAUUAUGGGUUGGAAUCGAAAGAGGUUAUGUGGAGUGCAACAAAGGUUGCAACUAUUGCAUUAUGGGAGAGGGAAAUGCUAAGGAUGAAAGGCUUGAAUGAAGCUGCUUGGAACAUGUGUAAGGCUUUUAACAUGAAGCUUCUAGAGUAUAGAGAUAAACCAAUCAUAAAUAUGUUAGAAGGGAUUAAGCAUUAUUUGACUAAGUUGAAAAUUAGUCAGAAGGAUGCAUUGAGUAAGUAUAAUGGUGAUAUUUGUCAUAUAGUACAGUUGGUGCUUGUAAAGAACAAGAAGGUUGCUGAAAAUUGGACACCUACAUGGCAUGGUGAUGAUGAUUUGGACAUAUAUGGUAUGACAAAUAGAAACAAAACAUAUGUUGUUAAUCUAAACCAAACAACACAUGCUUGUAGAAAAUGGGAUUUAACUGGAAUCCCUUGUUGUCAUGCCAUAACUUUUAUAUGGAAAAACAAGAAACAACCAGAAGAAUAUAAUACUUUCAAGAAGACAUACUCACAUAUCAUUUUCCCUACCCAUGGCCCACAAUUGUUGCCUUUUGAGGACCAAGUAGCAAUCAACCCACCAGUCAUGAGAAGGGCAAUUGGUCACCCCAAAAAGAUGCGCAGGAAAGUCAUUUAUGAGCCUAGAAACCCACAUGUCCUUCCUAGAAAGUUGUCAACUGUUACUUUCCAUAAGUGUAGAGCAAUGGGUCACAAUAAGAGAAGUUAUAAAGGAAAGAGGGUUGCUGACAGGGCUAUCCCAAAAGGUGGAAAUACAAAGAAAGCAAAUGGUGGAAACGCAUCAGAAGUUGGAAAUAACAAGAAGGUAAAUGGUGGAAAUAACAAGAAGGUAAAUGGUGUAAAUAGAAAGAAGAAUAAUAGUACAAAUAUAAAUGCAUCAGAAGUUGGAAGCUCGUCCCAAGCACCUCAACCUAUAUAA